GAAUAAGACUGCUGCUGGAUGGUUGCAACUCCUCGCUCCGUACAUCACCGGUUGGGCCAAUGCGCCGGCAGUUUCAUGGGCCACCAUGGAGGCAUUUGAUCUUCAGGAAUUUGAGCACUACUUGCGGGCAUACAUGCCUAGGACACGACUUCGUCUGAGCCAGGCGUGUGACCCAGUUCAGAGGGAUCCCUCGACAAUGUGGGACACCUACCCUCGUCACUCCACUUCAGGCACUCGGCAUCACGCAGCCGUGUUGACGGCGGAGCUGCAAGAUGACGCCGCCCAGUAUGCACGCUCGCUCUCCUCCGGCCCACUUCUUGGACGGUAUGAGCACCACGCCUCCUUUGCACAGCGUCUUCAGGACAAACUACGUCGUAUCUACGCGACUAUCACAUGCACGCGAUCUUCGGAUGUUGCCGAGUACCGAGCAGCACAGCGGCCACCUCGUCCCUCUUUGCAGGUGCAUCAGCCGCGGCACGCCCCGCGCCCACGUAUGGAGGUACCGCCGAGCCCGAGGCCACCAUCUCCUAACCAGGCAGGAGGUUCUGGGUGGCAAAACCAGCAGCAGCAGGAGCCUACUUACGAGUAUUGGCAGCGUGCCGGUUUCGGCAUGGAGCAGCAAUUUCCCAUGCCUAACUUCGGCUGGCGUCCCCGUAUGGAUGAGCCAGAGGGUGAGGGACAUAUGUCGACGGGGUCCGGAUCACGAUCCUUCUGGUCCAGUGCUCACGAUCAGGACGAAACACAGCAGAGCUAUCAAGACUGGAUGUCAAGUCAACAGCAAACUCCACCUCCAGAUCCCACGCAGUACAGUCAGCACGAGCAGGGGUACAUGCUUCCUCCCCGACAUCGCCAGCCACCUGUUCGUAUGUACUCGCCGUCACCUUUUCAGGCUCGACCGCCACCGAGGCGAGGUGGAGGGAGGGGCCGUGGUCAGUGAGAUGAGUACUAUUUGUAUGCACCAUGUAUGAGUACUAUUUGUAUGCACCAUGUAUGACUACUAUUUGUAUGCACC